UGUCCGCUUCCAGGCAACGGGGCUUCUUUUGGCUGGUUUCAUCCCGAUGCCCCGCGACUUCCCGGUUGGGAAGGCGAGCGAGGUCAUUCCCAAUCUGGAACUCAACUUUGAGAAGAGAGACGCCCCAGCAAGACUGUUUCGGGGCGUCCUCCAGCUGCUCACCUCCAUGGGCCAGACGGCCCUGGCAGGGGGCAGCAACAGCACCCCCACCUCGCAGGCUCUGUAUCCUGACCUUUCUUGUCCCGAGGGCUUGGAAGAGCUCCUGUCUGCUUCCCCUCCUGACCUGGGGGCCCAACGGCGCCAUGGCUGGAACCCCAAGGACUGCUCAGAGAACAUCGAGGUCAAAGAAGGGGGGUUAUGCUUUGAGCGGCGACCUGUGGCCCAGAGCACUGAUGGGGUCCGGGGAAAGAGGGGCUACUCCAGAGGCCUGCACGCCUGGGAGAUCUGCUGGCCCCCGGAACAGAGGGGCACACACGCGGUAGUGGGCGUGGCCACGGCCCUCGCCCCACUGCAGGCAGACCACUAUGCGGCGCUGCUGGGCAGCAACAGCGAGUCGUGGGGCUGGGACAUUGGGCGGGGAAAGCUGUACCAUCAGAGUAAGGGGCCUGAGGCCCCCCAGUAUCCAGCGAGACCUCAGGGUGAGCAGCUGGAGGUGCCAGAGAGGCUGCUGGUGGUUCUGGACAUGGAGGAGGGAACUCUGGGCUACGCUAUUGGGGGCACAUAUCUGGGGCCAGCCUUCCGCGGACUGAAGGGCAGGACCCUCUAUCCAGCUGUAAGCGCUGUUUGGGGCCAGUGCCAGGUCCACAUCCGCUACCUGGGCGAAAGGAGAGCGGAACCACACUCCCUUCUGCAUCUGAGCCGCUUGUGUGUACGCCACGCCCUGGGGGAUACCCGGCUGGGCCAGGUGUCUGCUCUGCCCUUGCCCCCAUCCAUGAAGCGCUACCUGCUCUACCAGUGAACCUGGGAUACCAGAGUGUGCUGGAGCCACUGCGGGCCUAGACCAGCAGUGAGGUUGGGUCCCUCCCCCAAUUCAAGCUCUGGGGAGCUCCACAAGUCUCAGUGCUACCCAAAACAGUGUGGCAGAGAAUUUUCAAGGCUGUGGCAGCCUGGUACAUAAGACAUUUUUUUAAAGUAAAAAUACUAAGAGAUGUGUUGUUAUAGAAACCUGUUAAUGGGGUUUUUUGUUUGCCUUUUUAAACAAGGGUAGUCUGUGACUACCUCAAAAAGCCCAUUUUGGGGUCUGGAGAGGGCCUUAAAAAGGAAAAAUAUUUACAGUGAAGGAGAACAAACCACCGACUUAGUGCCAGAUGUUUUAUUUUCCUUACAUGUGCGAAAGCUCACAUACACAACACACAGGAAUUGGCACCAUGGGARAAGGAGCAUCCCUGGCCUCUGAGGGGAGGAUAUUGGCCUUGAUGUGAGAAGGGAAAGGAACAUGGUUUCUCUCUCUUGCUCUCACCAGGGCCUGAGGGGACCCAUGAGCGAGCUCCAUUCCUUCUACCUCUCAGUUGAGGAGAAGCCACCUUGGUGACAUGUUUAGUUCUAACCAUUAUAGUAAG